AUGCAAAUAUAUUUCCGUCGUUUAAUUAAAAUCGUUAAACAUGGUGAUUAUAAAACACGAAAAGAAACUGCUUGGGCUGUAACAAAUAUAAUAUCAGGUGGUACACCACAACAAAUAAAGAGUAAUUCCAUCAUUAUGUCAUUUAUUAAAUAUUAUAGGUGCAGCAAAGAAGUUAAACGAACGAAUGGAUAUAAUCCAUAUGCGACAAUUAUGAUUGAAGAAUGUUUUGAUUUAGAUAAAAUUGAAUAUUUACAAAGCCAUGAAAAUAUUGAAAUUUAUUAA